AUGGCUCGGCAUUACAACUUGUCCUCCAUCUUAUUGUUUGCGUUUAUCUACUUUAUGCAUGAUGACAUAAUAACUACUAUAACGGCACGUCGCCUUCUUCAGACCCCUAGUUUCUCAGCACCCGCUACUCCUAGUUUUUCAACGUCCGUUGUCCCAAGUUUCUCAACGUCCACUACCCCCAGUUUCUCAAUGCCUGCUACCCCAAGUUUCUCUAAUUCCCCCAGUCUUUCAAAGCCUGAGAACCCUAGUUUCUCAAAACCUGAAACACCUAGUUUCUCGAAGCCUGAAACUCCUAGUUUCUCAAAGCCUGAGACACCUAGUUUCUCAAAGCCCAAAAUUCCUAGUUUUUCAAAACCCAAGACCCCUAGUUUCUCAACGCCCACUACCCCUAGUUUCUCAACGCCCGCUACCCCAAGUUUCUCCAAUUCCCCUAGUCUUUCAAAGCCUAAGACCCCUAGUCUUUCUAAGCCUGAGACCCCUAGUUUUUCAAAAUCUGAAACACAUAGUUUCUCAAAGCCUGAAACUCCUAGUUUCUCAAAGCCAGAAACUCCUACUUUCUCAAAGCCAGAAACUUCUACUUUCUCAAAUUUCUCAAAACCAGAGACCCUUACUUUUUCAAAGCCCGAGACCCCUAGUUUCUCAAAACCUGAGAGUCCUAGUUUCUCAAAGCCCGAGACUCCUAGUUUCUCAAAGCCUGAUACCUCUAGUUCUCCAAAGCUCGAGACUCCAAGUUUCUCUAUGCCCAAGACCCCUGGUUCACAAAAGUUCGAGACUCAUACCUUCUCAAAGCCUGAAAACCCUAGUGUUUCAAAGCCCGAGACUCCUACAUUCUCAAAGCAUGUGACUCCUACUUCCUCAAAGCCCGAGACCCCUACUUUAUCAAAGCCUGAGACUCCUACUUUCUCAAAGCCUGAGACCCUAAGUUUCUCAAUACUCGAGACCGCUAGUUCUACAAAACCCGAGAUUUCUAGUUUUUCAAAGCCUGAGACUCCUAAUUCCCCAAAGCCAGAGACCCCUAAUUCUCCAAAGCUCGAGACCCCUAGUUUUUCAAAGCCUGAAACCCCUACUUUCUCAAAGCCUGAGACUCCUACUUUCUCAAAUCCUGAAAUUCCAAAACCUUCUAAACAAACAUUGUCAACUUCUCCCUGA